AUGGCAGCCGCACAAUCUACCAAAGCGCUUGUCCUCCACGGCGCCAAAGACCUCCGCAUUGAAUCAAGAACCAUAACCCCUCCCAGCGGCACUGAAGUCCAAAUCGCCAUCCGCGCAACCGGUCUCUGCGGCUCAGAUCUCCACUACUAUUCCCACGGCCGCAAUGGCGACUUCGUCGUCCGCGAACCCAUGUGCCUCGGCCACGAGUCCUCCGGCACAGUCACAGCCCUGGGCCCCAACGUAAACAACCUGGAAGUCGGCGACCGCGUCGCGCUAGAAGUCGGCAUCCCCUGUCGCAAAUGCUUCCUCUGCAAAACGGGAAGGUACAAUAUCUGCCCUGAGAUGAAGUUUCGGAGUAGCGCGAAGGUGUUUCCGCAUUUCGACGGGACGCUUAUGGAACUUACGAACCAUCCGGCGGAGAUGUGUCACAAGUUACCUGAGAACGUGUCGUAUGCGGGGGGUGCGCUCGUGGAGCCGUUGGCAGUUUGUCUGCAUGCGAUUAGGCGUUCGCAUCCGCCGACUAAAGAAGAGGUAGCACUGGCCGAGGAAGUCGGGGAGGGUUUGUCGGCACUGGUGUUCGGCGCUGGUGCUAUUGGGUUGCUUUUAGCUGGUGCGCUGGCUACGGCCGAGAACUUCUCGUCGAUUGUCGUUGCGGACAUCGAUGAGGCGCGGUUGGAGAUUGCCAAGUCGUUGGGCUUGGGGCUGAAGACUUAUCUCAUUCCCAAGUCUGAUCCGAACAAUCCGCCUCCGGCUCGUAAUGCGCCGCAGGCCGAACAGGUUGCAUAUGCGCUGCAAAGUGCGCAGCGCAACUCUGCUGGCCUGAAGGAGGCAAAUGGUGUGAAGACUGGCUUCUCGCGCGUGUAUGACUGCACUGGUGUGCCUACCUGUGUGCAGACUGGUAUCUACGCCGCCGGUGCUGGCGGUGUGUUAGUACAGAUCGGUAUGGGCAAUCCUGUGCAGACACUUCCUGUUGGUGCUGCUGCGCUGCGUGAGGUUGAUGUUAUCGGUGUGUUCCGAUAUGAUGGGUAUGCGUACCCUGCUGCUAUUGGGUUGUUGGAGAGUGGUAAGUUUGCGCGUGUUGAGGAGCGGGUUGUUACACAUCGGGUGAAGCUGGAGGAAGGGGAGAGGGCAUUUGGGUUGGCUGGGAAAGGCGUUGAUGAGAAUGGGACGCCUGUUGUUAAAGUUGUUAUCGAGGGCUAA